ACGGCGGGACACAACGCAGAGCAAACAAUUUCUGCAGCGAUGUGGUUGACGGCGAAACUACCGCACAAGCCUCUUCUGCGGCUGCCGUUUUCAUCACCUAACUCUGCGCAAUUGAAGGUGUCCACAAUUUCAACUAUGAAGAUGAGGUACUUUCAGAGCUCAAUUAUCUGCUCUGAUUCUACCUCUUCCACGGCGGUUACUUCGUCUUCUCCGCCGAUGUCGGUGAAUAAUGCUCCUCCGGUUCUAAAGAAGCGAAAGAGGUACAGAAAGCUUUACCCGGGAGAGAGCACGGGAAUCACUGAAGAAAUGAGGUUCGUCGCCAUGAGGCUCCGUAACAUUAAUGGCAAGAAAUACUCUGACAACGAGAAUAGCACCGACGGUGCUGACAAUAGUAACAGCUUAGAAACAUCAAAUGAAGAAGAUAACUGCAGUGAAGAUGAAACGUGGCAGCCUAGCAUGGAGGGAUUCCUCAAGUACCUGGUUGAUAGCAAGCUCAUUUUCACCACCGUCGAACGCAUCGUGGAUGAAUCCGGAGAUGUUUCUUAUGCCUAUUUCAGGAGGAAUGGGUUGGAACGAUCGGAAAGCCUUUCAAAGGAUCUGGAAUGGUUUAGCCAACGAGGAUUUAUGAUUCCCGAUCCCAGCUCUCCAGGACUUUCUUAUGCCAAAUACCUGGAGGAGCUUGCUGAGAACAGUGCACCAUUAUUUCUCUGUCAUUUGUAUAAUAUAUAUUUUUCACAUAUAGCGGGUGGUCAAGUGAUAGCCAGAAAGGUUUCUGAAAAGCUCCUGGAAGGGAAGGAGCUGGAGUUCUACAGCUGGGAAGGAGAUGUAUCAGAAUCACUGAAAGGGGUUCGGGAGAAGCUUAAUAUGCUUAGCGAGCAUUGGACUCGAGAUGAAAAAAAUAGAUGCUUAAAAGAAGCAACGAAGUCAUUCCGGUUUUUGGGGCAGAUUGUUCGGCUGAUCAUCUUAUAGGCAGUUUUCUGAUGCUUGAAUCAACAGCAGUGACCUAAUGGUAAGAUUCUAGAACUCCCCUUUUUUUCUCCUUUUACUCCUCGUAACUGGAGCUUUUAUCUUGUGGAGCCAAGAUGAAUCGAGAGGGGCAAAUGGUACACUUACCGUCUUACCCUUUCUUGCCCCAAUAAAAUGACGAACGAUGCAGUCCAUGAAAAUGUGUUUUUUGGGUGUACAAUUAUUUUUAAUACUUCGGAAUGAUUAAAAAAAAAACAAGAAGAGAAAACUUUUUUUCCUGUA